GCGGCGGCGACUUGUGUUGUUGGAGCCGCGGAGACAGUGAGGCCGCAUCGCACCGGACCCGACCCGACCCAUAGCGCCACCGCCGCCGCACCCACCCACUGCCGCCAGCGUCCCCAACGCAGCAACCGUUGACUUGAUCGAGUUUUUGGUGAUAAGAUGUCGACCACUGUGAACGAGAACGCUUCCCCCCGCCUGACCAAGUUUAAGAACAAGGGGAAAGACGCCAAUGAAUUGAGACGGAGGAGAAUUGAAACCAACGUUGAACUGCGGAAAGCCAAAAAAGAUGACCAGUUGUUUAAAAGGAGGAACGUCAGUAGUUUGCCGGAUGAAGCUUUGUCGCCUCUUCAAGAAAAGAAUAAUGCACAGAUGCACAUGAGUUUGGAUGAGAUUCUCGUGAGCGUUCAGUCCAGUUAUUUGGAAACCCAACUUCAAGCAACACAGGCUGCUCGGAAGCUGCUAUCUCGAGAAAAGCAUCCUCCCAUUGACAGAAUCAUUGAGUCUGGGCUCAUUCCCAAGUUUGUUGCAUUUCUUGGUAACUUUGACUGUAGUCCCAUUCAAUUUGAAGCUGCCUGGGCUCUCACCAACAUAGCUUCUGGGACCUCCGAUCAGACCAAGGCUGUUGUCGAUGGUGGUGCCAUUCCAGCUUUCAUCAACCUACUGGCCUCUCCGUAUCCUCACAUUGUUGAACAAGCAGUGUGGGCAUUAGGAAAUAUUGCAGGUGAUGGAUCACACUACAGAGACUUGGUCAUCAAAUGUGGGGCCCUUGACCCAUUGUUGGCCGUGUUGGAUGUGCCUGAAUUAUCUUUAUUAUCGUCUAGUUAUCUGAGGAAUAUAACAUGGACACUGUCAAAUCUCUGCCGGAACAAGAAUCCAUCUCCACCAGUUGAAGCAAUAAAACAGAUUCUGCCAGCCCUCAUAAGCCUCCUACAACACGAUGACAAAGAAGUUCUUGCAGAUGCUUGCUGGGCUGUUUCGUAUCUCACAGAUGGUUCCAAUGAUCGUAUUGAUGUGGUGGUGCACACUGGUGUUGUACCACGUUUGGUCCAAAUGCUUUCAUCCGGUGCCCUGGCAAUUAUUACUCCUGGCCUGCGGGCAUUGGGCAAUAUUGUGACUGGUACAGAUGACCAGACCCAGGUAGUGAUUGAUUCGGGUGCGCUGAGCUUGUUUACUGCUCUGCUGGCACACCCGAAAAGCAACAUCCAGAAAGAGGCUGCGUGGACACUCUCGAACAUCACUGCUGGGAAGCCAGAACAAAUCCAGGCAGUUAUUGACAACGGGUUGGUUCCAUUCCUCGUUCAGCUGCUUAAUAAGGGUGACUUUAAAACUCAGAAAGAAGCCGUCUGGGCCGUGACCAAUUAUACCAGUGGUGGUACAAUUGAACAAAUCAUCUACCUUGUUCAAACUGGAGUUGUUGAGCCAUUAUUGGCACUGCUAUCAGUUAAGGAUUGCAAGACCAUCCAAGUCAUUUUGGAUGCCAUUACUAAUAUCUUCCUGACUGCAGAUAAAGUUGGCGAAACAGAUAAGCUUUGUUUAAUUAUUGAAGAAUGUGGAGGUCUGGAUAAAAUUGAGGCUCUACAGUCUCAUGAAAAUGAACUGGUAUACAAAGCAUCACUGAAUCUGAUAGAAAAAUACUUCUCAGAAGAGGUGGAGGAAGACCAGAACAUUGUACCAGAUGCCACUGGAGAAGCUUUCACCUUUCAGACUGAGAACACUGCUAUAAAAUUUGACUUUUAAAUUCCUUCAAGCAUUAAAACUACGUUUCCAAUCUCUAUCUUUCUCUCCUGACUGCCACAUUUAUCUAGCACCUGUACUCGAGUAUUUUCUUGUACAUUUGUAUAAUUUGUUACCUCGUGUAAACUUGUAAUUAGAAUGUAAAUAUUUCUCAGAACUUUCACUAUUUUAUUUUGCCAUUUGAGAUGAUAUUCUGUUUCUUCAAAUAAAGUAUUCAAGAUAUUUUUUG